AUGGCAGUUGAUCUUCACUACUACGAAGUUUUAGGCGUCAAGCCGGAGGCCAGCUCAGCCGAAAUCAAGCGAGCAUACAAGAAAAAGGCUCUACAAAGUCACCCAGAUAAAGUGAGCACUAUGAACCCGGAUAACCCUACGGCCGCUCAGGAUUUCCAGGACAUUUCUACAGCAUACGAAACACUUAUUGAUGAUCACAAACGGGCCCACUAUGAUCGCUUCGGGCGCGACCAAGGAAGCUCCGGCAUGUUCGAGGAUGAUAUGAGUGUAGAUCCCGACGAGCUGUUUGCGCACUUGUUCGGAGGGAUGGGUAUGGGACCUGGUAUGUUCGACAUGGGAGGAAUGGGCCCUGAACCCUCGAGAGGCCAUGGCCGUAGGAGCCAGGACUCGAUCAUUACGUAUGAGGUUACGCUAGAGGACCUUUACAAUGGGAAGAAUGUCCAAAUGAAUAUGACUCGAGACGUUAUCUGCCUUCAAUGCAACGGAUCCGGGGGUAGAGCAAAGGCCACACCUACCAAGUGCACUCGGUGUAGUGGAAAAGGUUGGGUCAACGUUAAUCAAAUGUUAGGGCGCAACCAAGUUGGUGUUUCUCGAUCUCCUUGCCCCGAUUGUGACGGAAAAGGUACCAAAAUCAAGGAAAAAGAUCGGUGUAAGAAAUGUAAAGGCAAGAGGACAGUCCCAGAAACCAAAAAGAUCGAUUUUGAUAUCAGGAAGGGUAUGGAGGACCGAGCCCGGAUUACCUUAUCAAAACAAGGCGACCAAGUGCCUGGGAAAGAGACAGGCGACUUGAUAUUUGUUCUUCAACUUCAGGAUCACCAGUCUUUUGAUAGACACGGCCAUAGCCUGAUGACGGUUGUCAACAUAACACUUUCUGAAGCACUAACUGGAUUCAACCGAGUUCUCUUUACUCAUCUGGAUGGCAGGGGAAUUCGGGUUGCGUCUGUCAAGAACAAAAUAGUUCGGAGUCAGGACGUAAUCAAAAUUACUGGGGAGGGGAUGCCUAUACCUAAUAGUUCCAGGAAAGGCGAUCUUUAUGUGACGUUUGUGGUGGAUAUGCCAGAUGAUGAAUGGCUAAAAGCAUUGGAUCAAAUCGCUCUGGAGGCUUUGGUGAAAUUGCUUCCUCCAAAAAAGCCAGAUCCCCCAGCCAACACCGUUACCGAUGUCUCAUACACUAAUGCAGAUACAAGCGAGUUUGAUGAUGAAUGGGAAGACUCGGACGAGGAGGAAGAGGAAGAGGGGCCUCAAUGUCGGCACCAGUAA